UACUCAUGAUAGGGGAGCUGCUCUUAGGGAGUGUCUUGCUGUCUGGUUGCAAAGAGCUGAUGGUGUGGAUAAAAAUGGAAGAGCCAACUAUGUAUCACUAGCUAAUGCUGUAGAGAGAUUGGGACAAAGAGCUGCAGCUGAUGACAUAUGAAGACAAUGUGGAAUUGAAACGGCACAAGAGGAUACCCCUGUCAUUGAGACUGGAGGGAGGAGCCCAGUGACUCCAUUACUAGUACAGGAAGACAGUUACAUUGGAGAAGAAGAAGAAGAGAAACCAUCGAAGAAAGAAGAUGAAGAUAAAAGAGGAGGAGGAGGAGGAUCUCUCAAUAUCUACUGCUGAGGCUCAUGGUCAUUCAGUUAUUAUUGCUAAUGAUCCUGAUGCUGAUAACUGGCUUGGCAGAAAAACAACCGUGGAAUACUAAUGAGGGAGGGAGGGGCAACUGGCGAGUGUUUACUGGCAAUGAGAUUGGGAGCAUGUUGGGCUGGUGGGCCAUGGAAAAUUUUAAUAAAAAUUAUAAAAAUUUUGAUGGUUCUAAAGUUCAUUUAAUAUGCAGUACAGUUUCAUCAAAAUUAUUACGAUCAAUAGCUAAAGUUGAAGGGAUCCAGUUUUCAGAAACUCUCACUGGGUUCAAGUGGAUGGGUAACUUAAGCCACACCCUCCUUGAGAAAGGAGAGGAGGUUCUUUUUGCUUUUGAAGAAGCAAUAGGAUUCAUGUUUGGUACUGCAGUACUGGAUGAAGAUGGAGUGAGUGCAGCUGCUGUGACUGGAGAAAUGGCUGCAUACUUUUACUCUAAUGGACAGGCUUUCUCUUUACUGUUGGAAAACAUUUAUUUAAAAUAUGGUCAAGUUGUCUCAAGCAAUUCUUAUUUUAUAUGUCAUUCAAAAGAAAUGAUAAAAGAUUGAACUCUUUGAUCAACUGAGAAAAGAUGGACAAGUAAUUAUAAUGAGGUAGUGUAUUUUGAAUAAAAUAUC